AUGGCGCUUCUGCUGAAGCUAGUCUACGCGUUCGGCCUAUACGUUGCAGUGGCUUCAGUCUACUCAUUGUGUCGUCUUAUCCAAAAUUAUCGCAUCGCUCGCAGGGUCGGAGUUCCCAUACGCUUCGUUCCCAUAGAUCAUAAUAAUCGACUCUGGCUUGUUGUCGAUAGAAAGGUGGCGUGGCUCCUCAGACGUUGGUUGCCAUUCGGCCUCGGCGACAAUAACCUCACUAGAUUCGACUGGAGAGGAUGGGAAUUCGAGGACAAGUACAAGGAGCACCUCUUGCUAGGGGACGCGUUCAUGCACGUGUCGCCUGACAAAAACUGGCUCUAUAUAGCGUUCUUGAUAUUCUGCGUCGUAGUCGAGACUUUCCACGUCCUAUGGAAAUUUACGGUCGAGGGCCAACAAUGGAAAACCCAGCGGAGAAUGGCCAUGUCUUAUUUCAACGAAGCUAACAACGAGAUGGUUUGGCAUGAGACGGUGUCGCUGGCAAGCGAUGCGCUCCAUUCAUGGGCGUCUAAGCCUUUUGUCACGUCCACAGCCGACGAUACUCGUACUAUUACACUGCACGUACUUUCCAAAGCCGCGCAUGGGAAAUCCAACAAGUUCUACAGUCGGGAUGAUCAAGAAGACGUCAACCCCGAAACUAAUUACAAGGAAGCUCUACGCAUUGUCCUAGACAAUACAAUGUUGAUUGCAGCGCUAGGCAGGAAAUUCCUGGCCAAAAAUUGGUUGCCCAGGGCUCUCAAGAAGGUCAACACAGCUUGCGAAGCUUUCCAGAGACAUCUUACUGAAGCUUAUGAGGAUGAGAAACAAGCACUGAUCUGCGGACGAUCAUCUUCCAAGUCCACCUAUAUGGCGUCCCUCAUUCAUGCAUCCCAGGACGAGGCAACUGGUUCAACGGGAGGCCUUACAGAAGAUGAAAUAUAUGGCAACAUGUACAUCUUCAGCUUUGCCGGUCACGACUCGACUACACAUACCCUCACAUUUGCCUUGAUGUUGAUGGCGGUAAACCCCGACGUCCAAGACUGGAUCUCCGCCGAGGUCCAACACGUCUUUGGUGAUCAGAAUCCCAGUAACUGGAAUUACGGGACGGGAUUCCCUCGACUCCAUCGUUGCAUGGCAACGAUGCUAGAAACUGCUCGCUUGUUCACCCCCGUACCCAUCGUCAAAUCCACUGGGAAACGGGCGACGUCGCUCAAGGUCGGAGACAAGAUUAUAGCAGUUCCUGCUGACACCCACAUCAUCCUCAAUUAUGCUGCUUUACACACUCUACCCAGGAUUUGGGGUGAAGACUCGCUAGCGUGGCGCCCGGCACGAUGGAUCCAAGGCAGUCCCAACGGCGAGUUUGACAUGGAGCAAGUGGUCUGGCCACAGCGCGGGGCCUUCAUUGCCUGGUCCGAGGGUCAGCGUUCUUGCCCUGGCAGGAAAUUUUCACAGGUUGAGUUUGUUGGCACUAUGGCUGCACUGUUCAAGGACUGGCGCGUUGAACCUCUUACCAUGGCUGGAGAAAGCAUUGAGGCUGCUAGGCGGCGACUCGUGCAUCAAAUCUCCACGGAUUCAGCGCAGAUUCUACUCCUACAAAUGUUACAUCCUGAGAAGGCACCCUUGGUAUGGAAAAAAAGGGACGCUGGCGUGUCCAACGAUCAAUCAAUGGUGCCCAAGGUAUGA